CCCACGGCAGUCUCUCUUCUUCCUUCCCCAACCUCUCUAGCGCGUCGACGUGUGCACCGCAGGGCCACCUGUCCCUCCGCGCACCACCUGCUCGGCCAAAUGCCAACGCCAGCUCCAGUGGUCAACGCCGUCGCCAUGAUCCCCCACACACAGAUACACACAGUGUCACAGUGCACACCCCCCCUUAAAGCUCCACUCCCCCCCCGCUUCGAGUGGUCACCUACGGCCUCCGCCUCUCCCCCGCAGACACCCCCACUCACUCAAAAUCCCUAUUGCGCUUCCGCGCGCGACCUGUGACCAGUGCCGCCCACCUCGUCCGGCCGGUCCUGCUCGCCCGCCCAUGGCGGACUGUUGGGUGGAUUCCGCGGUGGCCUAGACCUAGAUAGCUGGGUGCGGGAAGGGGUCCUCUUGCUACUCUGUCUAACUGUCCAUGGCGCUCUGUUUCUUGGAGCGAGUUUAGUGCUCGUUGCGCGUCUUGCUGUGCCGCACCAGCUCCUCCUGGGGUUAACUUCGUCUCGUCUACUUGCGGCGGGGUUUCGGCAAUGGCGCGAUUCUUGCUCCCGCUGCUCCUGUUCGCCGCCGCCGCGUGCUCGGCCGUGUCGGCGAGCGAGGAAGAGCCGGCGGCGGCGGCGCUGCGGGAGUUCAAGCGCGCGCUGGCGGACAUCGACGGGCGCCUCUCGAGCUGGGACAACUCGACGGGCCGCGGGCCUUGUGAGUGGGCCGGCAUUGCCUGCUCCUCCUCCGGCGAGGUGACCGGCGUCAAGCUCCACGGGCUCAACCUCAGCGGGUCGCUCUCCGCCUCCGCCGCCGCCGCCAUCUGCGCGUCCCUCCCGCGCCUCGCCGUCCUCAACGUCUCCAAGAACGCCCUAUCCGGCCCCAUCCCGGCGACCCUCUCCGCCUGCCAUGCCCUCCAGGUGCUCGAUCUCAGCACCAACUCCCUCUCGGGCGCCAUCCCGCCGCAGCUCUGCAGCUCCCUGCCGUCCCUGCGCCGGCUCUUCCUCAGCGAGAACCUUCUCUCCGGCGAGAUCCCCGCGGCCAUCGGCGGCCUCGCCGCGCUCGAGGAGCUCGUCAUCUACAGCAACAACCUCACCGGCGCCAUCCCGCCGUCCAUCCGUUUGCUCCAGCGGCUUCGCGUCGUCCGCGCCGGGCUCAACGACCUCUCCGGCCCGAUCCCCGUCGAGAUCACGGAGUGCGCCGCCCUCGAGGUGCUCGGGCUCGCGCAGAACGCCCUCGCUGGCCCGCUGCCACCGCAGCUCUCCCGGUUCAAGAACCUCACCACGCUGAUCCUCUGGCAGAACGCUCUCACCGGCGAGAUCCCGCCGGAGCUCGGGAGCUGCACGAGCCUCGAGAUGCUCGCGUUGAACGACAAUGGUUUCACUGGUGGCGUGCCGAGGGAGCUCGGCGCGCUGUCCAUGCUCGUCAAGCUCUACAUUUACCGGAACCAGCUUGAUGGUACCAUCCCCAAGGAGCUUGGGAGCUUGCAGAGCGCCGUGGAGAUCGACCUGUCGGAGAACAGGCUCGUCGGAGUCAUCCCCGGUGAGCUUGGCAGGAUAUCCACGCUCCAGCUGCUCCACCUCUUUGAGAACCGUUUGCAAGGUAGCAUUCCGCCGGAGCUUGCACAGUUGAGUGUGAUAAGGAGGAUUGACCUGUCUAUCAACAACCUCACCGGCAAAAUUCCGGUGGAGUUUCAGAAACUCACCUGCUUGGAGUACCUGCAGCUCUUCAACAACCAAAUCCAUGGUGUCAUUCCUCCUUUACUUGGAGCCCGCAGCAAUCUCUCGGUGCUCGACUUGUCGGACAACCGGUUGAAGGGGAGAAUCCCACGUCAUCUCUGCAGGUAUCAGAAGCUUAUCUUCUUGAGCCUGGGGUCGAACCGUCUCAUCGGCAACAUACCUCCUGGAGUGAAGGCUUGCAUGACCCUGACACAGCUCCGGUUGGGAGGCAACAAGCUAACCGGGAGCCUGCCUGUGGAGCUGUCGCUGCUGCAAAACCUUUCUUCGCUUGAGAUGAACCGGAACCGGUUCUCCGGCCCGAUACCGCCUGAGAUCGGCAAGUUCAAGAGCAUGGAGAGGCUGAUUUUGGCGGAGAAUUACUUUGUCGGACAGAUACCUGCUUCCAUUGGCAACCUGGCGGAGCUUGUCGCCUUCAAUGUGUCGUCGAACCAGCUCGCUGGACCGGUCCCUCGGGAGCUGGCAAGGUGUUCAAAGCUCCAGAGGCUUGAUCUCAGCAGAAACUCCUUCACCGGAAUUAUUCCUCAGGAGCUCGGCACAUUAGUAAACCUGGAGCAACUGAAGCUAUCCGACAACAAUCUGACUGGAACUAUUCCGAGCAGUUUUGGAGGCCUUUCGCGGCUCACAGAGCUGCAGAUGGGAGGCAAUCUUCUGUCUGGUCAAGUGCCGGUUGAGCUUGGCAAGCUCAAUGCACUCCAGAUCGCUCUCAAUAUCAGCCACAACAUGCUCUCUGGUGAGAUUCCGACGCAACUAGGGAAUUUGCGCAUGCUGGAGUACCUGUACCUGAACAACAAUGAGCUUGAAGGAAAGGUCCCUUCCUCAUUCGGUGAACUCUCAAGCCUUAUGGAAUGCAACCUUUCUUACAACAAUCUUGUUGGGCCGCUUCCCGACACCAUGUUGUUCGAGCACCUGGAUAGCACCAACUUCCUUGGCAACGAUGGCCUUUGUGGUAUCAAAGGGAAAGCUUGUCCAGCUUCAUUGAAGUCAUCUUACGCAAGCAGGGAGGCGGCAGCGCAGAAGAGGUUUCUCAGGGAGAAGGUCAUCAGCAUUGUCUCCAUUACCGUGAUAUUGGUAUCAUUGGUGCUGAUUGCUGUCGUUUGCUGGCUCUUAAAGUCCAAGAUACCAGAGAUUGUAUCGAAUGAAGAGCGCAAGACUGGGUUUUCUGGUCCUCACUACUUUCUUAAGGAGCGGAUAACCUAUCAGGAGCUUCUGAAAGCGACUGAGGGCUUCUCGGAGGGUGCCGUGAUCGGAAGGGGUGCUUGUGGCAUAGUCUAUAAGGCUGUCAUGCCUGAUGGUCGGAGAAUUGCAGUAAAGAAGCUCAAGUGUCAAGGAGAGGGCUCCAGUGUUGACAGAAGCUUCCGAGCCGAGAUAACUACCCUUGGAAAUGUCAGGCACCGCAACAUUGUCAAGCUGUAUGGUUUCUGCUCCAACCAGGACUCCAAUCUUAUACUGUACGAGUACAUGGAAAAUGGUAGCCUUGGAGAGUUUCUCCAUGGUAAGGAUGCAUACCUCCUUGACUGGGACACCCGGUACCGGAUCGCUUUUGGGGCUGCUGAAGGCCUGCGGUAUCUUCAUAGUGAUUGCAAACCAAAGGUGAUUCAUCGUGACAUAAAGUCCAAUAACAUACUGCUCGAUGAGAUGAUGGAGGCUCAUGUGGGGGACUUUGGUUUGGCAAAAAUAAUUGACAUUUCCAACUCCAGAACAAUGUCAGCUGUUGCCGGAUCAUACGGUUACAUUGCCCCAGAGUAUGCUUUCACCAUGAAGGUCACUGAAAAGUGUGAUAUUUAUAGUUUCGGGGUGGUCUUGUUGGAACUGGUGACUGGGCAAUGUCCAAUUCAGCCGCUCGAGAAAGGAGGAGAUCUUGUGAAUUUGGUGAGGCGGACGAUGAACAGCAUGGCACCAAAUUCUGACGUUUUUGACAGCAGGCUCAAUCUGAACUCGAAGAGGGCUGUGGAAGAAAUGACUCUAGUGCUGAAGAUUGCACUGUUCUGCACCAGUGAAUCACCAUUGGAUAGACCUAGCAUGCGAGAAGUGAUAUCGAUGUUGAUCGAUGCCAGAGCCUCCUCUUGUGACUCGUAUUCGUCUCCAGCGUCAGAGCCACCCACUGAAGAUGAGUCCCAUUUUAAACUUCAGAGACAAGUACACCCAUGUACCAAAGGAGUAUACACUGCUUAAACUAAGUUGAUAGCUGAAGACCAUAUGUAAAUGCAUGGCUUGGGCUUCAGGAAGCUGUACGGCUAUAAUUUGACCUUCAAAUGAGAAAACAAAAUCUAUCUCUCUGACCAAGAUUAACCACCGGUUGAAGCAUUAGAAGUUGCUUAUUCUUACUUAGUAGCUGCUCUUUAAAAAGAGGCAGACUGAUAGACAUUUCAGAGUUUUUGUUAGGUAGAGAGGUUCAGUUCUACAAAGAUUCACUUGUUUAAGGCUGAUAUAAUACCGAUAGCAUAUUACUUUGCAUUGUACAUACUACAUAGAGCAGAUAUGGAGAUUAUGAAUUACAACGAAGGUAACAGACUAAAUUUCUGAUGAGUAAAAAAAAAAACACUUUUGUCUA